AUGAAGGAAUUAUUUCUCACUGGAAGUCCAAUUCGCGGUGAAAUUCGCGAGGUUGAAAUCCCGUACGUUUUUAGUCACCCGUCAACGAAUUCCGCGCGACUUAUUCCUUCUAGAGUUCCAAAAGACGACGAGGUCCUAAUCAAAGUCAUUGCAACGGACUCAAAUCCUAAAGAUUGGAAGGCGGCCAAAGCGGGCGAGUGGAUGAAUCAAGGCGAUGACAUCUCCGGAACCAUCUACAGCACCGGCUCAGCCGUCACCGAAUUCCACGCCGGCGACCGAGUCGCAGCACUCCAUCGAAUGUGGGAUCCACACGGCGCGCACGCCGAAUUCGCCAUUGCUCCCGCAAGCACCACAUUCCGCUUGCCGCCCAACACUUCGUUCGAAGACGGUGCGACGAUUCCACUGUGUGCUAUGACUGCCGCACUGGCUCUGUACCAGCAUUUGAGAAUCCCGCCGCCGUGGAACCCCGUACCAAAGGGCACGAGGUUCCCGGUGCUGGUGUAUGGUGGAGCAUCUGCUGUAGGUGCGUUUGCGUUGAAGUUCGCGAAGCUGUCGAAUUGUAAUCCGAUUAUCACUGUUGCGGGAGAGGGUAUUCCUUUCGUGAAAUCUUUGAAUGCCGCAGAUAUUAUUGUGGAUUACCGACGUGGGAGUGCUGUGGGUGAGAUCAGGGAUGCUUUGAAAGGACAGGAAGUGCUACAUGUAUUCGAUCCUAUUUCCAACAAGGACAGCUGGGAACAUAUCCUGGCGGUGGUUCCACUUGAUGGGCAUAGAGCGCAUAUCAAUAGCAUUAAUCCGCCGAGGGGAGUCAGUCCAUGGCCACCUGUGGAGAUGAAGGAAGUCAAGGGCUCACAGACUUUUAUUUCGACAGCUUAUGGCAGGUUGUCCCCGUGGGGUUCGGAUCGUACUCUGGAGGAAGUAGGGUAUGAUGGCGAGUUUGCGUAUGUCAUGUACAGAUACAUUUCGCUACUGCUUGAAAAGGGGAAGUUGACAGCCCAUCCUGUCGAGGUUUUGGGAGGGCUUGAGGCAGUCGAGCGAGGGUCGAUUUUGUUGUCUGAGAGAGCUGUGUCAUCGAAGAAGCUUGUUUAUCGGUGGGAACCAUUGUUCUACUUUCGAACUAUGUCUAACUUCUCAUAG